UAUGCUAAAUUACAAAAACUCAUUCAAGGUAGACACGAAGUUCCAGGCGAUGGUCGGGUACGACGAGGGCGAAGGCUGGCUCUUCACGUUCGACACAGCCGAAACACUUCGGAAAAAGUUGUGUGAAGCCAAGAGCAACGUGACCGCACUCAGGCUGAACAUCGUCGCUUCCAACAUUGGCUCUGAGGACUACACAAACAAGUGUGGAUUCGGAUCGCUGUCGCGGCUGCGCAUGCUCAAGGCCCUGUCCCUCUUCUUCGCGCACAACUAUACUUCGAGUGCGGAGAAGUCAAAAUGCCUGAAGGUCAAGGGUUAGCCAA